AUGGCAAAGCAAGUACGGAGGCUGGAUGCUUCCACCGCGGAGUACUCCGACUUUGUUUAUGUUAUGAAGAACAAUACCCCGAAGGACGGUAGAGCCGACGUUGACUUCUUGCGGCAAGAGUUCGGUGAUAUGGAAGUCCCGGUGGUUGAGUGCUCCCCCCUGGAGGGGUACGGCGAGGAGAGACGGGUCUCCAUGACGCUACGCGAGUACUUGGAUGCCGUCCACGAUGGCGAACGACCUGAGCCAACGGGCGGAAGCAGUAGCGAUAGCGGGGGCGGCCCCGUCCUGUACCUGAAGGAUUGGCACUUCCAAAGGCUGGUGAGAGAAGGAAAGAAACCUUCACUCUCUGGUUCGACGUCGGCGGACGGGGGAGGCGCCAGCGCAGCAGGCGCCAUGGAGACUCCAUCUUUCUUCCGAGAUGAUUGGCUGAAUUGGUGGUGUGACAGGCAAGGACAGGACGACUACCGUUUCGUCUACAUCGGCCCCCCCGGUUCAUUUACCGGCCUUCACCAUGACGUCCUCAACAGCUUUAGCUGGUCCUUCAACGUCUGUGGCAGCAAGCACUGGACCCUGUUCCCGACGGAGGCCACGCCGGAUCUGUACGAUAGAUACGGUCGAGACCUGGCCAAAGACGUUCGGAGCGGCCGCGCGGACCCCGACAAAUUCCCUCGCCUCGACGCCGCUCCGAGGCUAGAGGUUUACCAGGGGCCCGGGGAAGCUAUAUUCGUGCCCUCAGGAUGGCACCACCAGGUUGUCAACACCGGAGACGGGAGGGAAGGAGGCGGGGGCUUGACCGUCUCGGUCAACACGAACUGGUUCAACGGCUUCAACCUCGAUAAGGUUGCGGCCUUCUUGCACUCGGAGCUGUCCGCAGUGCGCGCCGCGCUUGACCACCUUCGAGAGACCAUGUCCGGGGGGGGGGGCGCGGGAGGGACGGGCGGAAGGAGGGAGUGGGAAAACCAGUGCGAGCUGGUGAUGCGGGCGAACAGCUCCUUCAACGUGACGGACUUUGCGCGACUGGUCACGGCGAGGGCGCAGCAUCUUCUCGGGGCCCGCGCAGCGCAAGACUCGCUUUGCGACGACGAUCCAGAACGAUGUCGCGGGAGCGGAGCAUCAGGCCGUGGCAGCAGCAGCGGCAGCGGCGCGUGGCAGCAAGAGCGAUGGGUGGUCCUAGCCCUCCAACAGCUCCGGGCCGUGCUGCGAGAGUUGCUUGUUGCCCCCUCCGCCGACCACGUUUUUCUAGACGAUGGCGGCGAUAGCGCCAGCUUGCCGGACGAAGACGGGGCGACCUCAGGCGAGGGUGGCGACAUCGAGGGAGGUAGCGACCGCGGUCUCCGCGAGACGCUGGACGCCGUGGAAACCUAUCUUCUUACCCGAGAUGUGACUCGUGAACAAUCAUCUGGUGCGUCAACUACCCUUGAGCGUGACGGCGGCGGUCCAGUCGAUUGA